AUGACGACUGUAGUAAUCGUAGACGACCAUCACCAUUGUUUACCGGACAUCCACUUGGCUAUACGCCAGCAUUGUCUGCCCUUCUCACAUAUCCACGUCAUACAUGUGGAUGCACAUCCAGAUUUAUCCUUCUCUGCGAAUAUAGACACCAAUGUAAUUUUUGAUCCUGAAAAAUUGUACGAUACGCUAGACGAGUCUAUUGCAGGGAUUGCAGAAUUUUUGCUGCCUUUGGUGUUUGCAGGACAUGUGAAUCAAAUCACGUGGCUUAAACCUUCAUGGGCAACGCAGAUGCCAUGUGGAGCAUUUCAAAAGCUCAAGGUCGGAAGACGUAAUUUAAAUGGAGCUAUGGGAGUGACGUGCGGGCUACCUCAUUUCGUAGAGGACGAGCUUUAUUGUUCUGUUGAGGAGAUGAAUCCAUCAUCGACAAAAGCGUGGGACCUGUUUGUCACGGAGAUGAAAAGCUCAUUUGAUGACGGUGCAACUGUAGCGACCAAUGCAAUUUCAACUGCACGAACCAAUACAGAAGCUUUUAUCCUCGACAUUGAUCUCGACUAUUUCUCGACGUGGAAUCCUUUUCGAAAAGGAUUAGAGAUGCACAUUGACCACGCAGCUAUGAAGAUUGUAACGCAAGUAUUCACUUCUGUGCGCUACAAAGUAACCCCUCUUGAUUCUAUGCAGCCGAAGCAGCGAGAUUUUGAAAGAAGGGAAUUCGGGUUGUGGAUGAAUCGUCUCGAGGCAGCUGAUAAAAUGGAAAACGCUUCGAAACGGGGCAAUUUAAACGAACCUAGACUAAGCUAUGCAGCAUUUCUUAAGCUUGUACGCAAUAGACGCAGUGAAUUUACCACGCAUAAACGACGAGGUAGUUCAAGAAGUCAAAGUGGAGCUAAAAGACGAGUUCUCAAGGAGCAGUUAGAAAUUCGAGCGCUAAUCAACGAGCUGGAGCUCAUUCGCCAUAGUCUUGUGAAGAAGUCGCCGAAAUGUAACGUCAUUAUGUCCAGAUCAGGCAACGAAAGGACUCAAAUUGGGCUAUUACACGCGACUAUACCGAAUCUAUCGGACACAUCGUCUAUUAUUGGAGAUGCGAGCACAGAUGGAACAGUGUCGGCCGGAGACGUAUCGACGACAGAGACAUACCUCCCUAUUAUGUCGAAACAAGGCGGUAGUACGGACGAUGUGGUCGUCUCUAGGUCAAAGCUGAAUUUAAUGCUGCAGAUGGCUCAGGAAACGCUUGAAGCUCAAAAAAAACUACUAGAGGAAGUCCUGAUUAGCUUCACUGGGCUAUGGAAAUUAUUAGCGGAGUAUUUCUGGGAGGAUUUUCGACACAAAAAAGAGAUAGAGAAAUCGUUAGCUGCCUACCAAUUAACUGACUUUAUACCGUGUUGGACUUGUUAUCAUCAGUAG